AAAGCUCUGAAGGUUCUUCAGUCUAGUUUCGGAGACUUCUUGACACACCGUAAAAGGAAACAGGAGGAUGGUGACGUUUAGAAGACGAGGCACGCCCAACAGAAUACCGAACGUGUCCCAUCUUACUUUUAGUCGUAAUUAAGAAGUCGAAUUGUUAUGAUGUACAAUUUUGUGAUUUUUCUGUGAUAAUUCUUGUUUUAUUUUGUUGUUUUUUUUCAUGCCCAAGAUCGUUUUGGGAGUAUAAUAAUUACAUUUUUUGGUUAUUGUGGUGUAAUCUCUGAUACCAAACAAUUGGGAUUUAAUUGAUUGUGGUGUCAAGAACCUUCGCACUGUUGGAUUUUUUACUGAAAAAGAAAAUUUCUCUUGUGUUUUUUCUUUGUUUUUGAAUGGUCAAAAAUGCCAGGACCAUCUUCAGGAGUUACUGUAUCUGUAUUGUCUAAGACAGUUUACGACGAGGUGAAGAAAGAUAAAAAAUAUCGUUAUAUUAUCUAUCAUAUAAAAGACGAAAAGGUCAUUGAUGUGGAAGUGACUGGUUCAAGGGAUGCUACUUAUAGCGAUUUCCUUGCCCAAUUACAAAAUUAUAAAACGGAAUGUCGUUAUUGUGUCUUUGACUUUCCUACUAAUAUGCACGGUGGCGGAGCAAGCGGUGGAGCACAGCAGAAACAGGGAAUGUCAGUUGAUAGAUUGGUCAUGAUGACCUGGUGUCCGGAGAGUGCGAAGAUCAAGCAAAAAAUGCUAUAUUCCAGUAGUUACGAUGCUCUCAAAAAAGCGCUAGUAGGAAUUUACAAAUACGUACAAGCCUGUGAUUUUGAAGAAGUAAGUCAAGAAGCCAUAGAAGAUGCCUUUAGGAAAGGAAAAUAGACUUGAGAGAGAGAAAGGAAAAAAAAAAAAAAGAAUUUUUAAAAUG